AUGCAUUUUGUACGCAGAAAUUCAGUACUGUUUUAUGAUGCCGGGAUUGUUUGUUAUAGAUCAACACCAAUUCCACAGACUAUAACACCUAAACAUUCAUUAACUACUAAAACUAUACCAAUUUGCAAUGAUUCAAUAGCUAGUUAUGAAAAAAGUUCUGAUACAGUGGAAGAUGUUGUCGACCAUCAAAUAUCUUUUGGUACAUCAUAUACAAAUAAACUUAUUGAUUUGGUUCCUAAUAAACCUCUCAACUUAUUGGACUUACUGGUUGAUUUAAAAUCCCGUGAGGAAAAACCAAAGGAAAAGAAAAUAAUUAAUACAGAACAUUCUGGAGCACUACCUUUUCUGGACGAAAUAACAAAGAACUGGCCAAAAUAUGAAGAUAAAACGGAACAGGAUGAUGAAAAACCAAAGCCUAAAUACUCUUAUAACGUAUUGAAGGGCAAAGGUAUAUUUAGUGAUGAAAAACCUAUACAUCACGGGAUUGGAUACAUCCCUCCCAACCUACGUUCUAUGCAUGAAAAGAGCAUAAUAUACAAAAAUAUUGAUAAAACAAGUGAACAGAAAACUAUCGAGUUUUUAAUAAACAGAUCUUAUCUAUACAGGAUGGAUUUGUAUAAUCAAUUUAACGAUGUGGGCCUAAAACAACCUGCUGAUAUUAAUCACAGCCCUGAUAAGUCAACCAACACCCAUAUAGACACUAAUAACGACAAAUUAACUGCUAAUGAAGAUGAAUUCUCAUCAAUUACUACAUUUGGAAGUUCACAAUCUUCUGACAACAUUAUACUGAAUAAAGAGGAUAUUCCUAGUUCAGAUGUAUCGAGUAUAUAUAACAGGAUUAUGUCGAAUUCUACUCAGAGAAGAUCAAUAACUGAUGAAGAAAUAUACAGGGCCAUAGAUUCUCCCUUCACAAUAAGAUCCAUGAAAUCGUUUAACAUGGAUUUGUUCAAAUUAUGCUCUACUCUGAAUUCUAGAAGUAACUCUCGAGCAAUAUCCAGAUACACCACAACUAUAGAAACUGUAAAACCCAUCACUGAUAAACUAGCACCCUCUAUUCCGGUAUCUCCUGAUGAAUUUGACUCCGGAGUUGCAUUAUAUUCAGAAUCAUUCAGACGUAACAGUUACAUGCAAUCUAAAAGCCUUAGUCGUGAUUACCAAUUGGAUAGUCCACAAGAUUCUGGAAAGUUAGAAGUAACAAGUGACAUAUUUACUGAGUAUAAAAUUGAUUACCCAGAGAAUGAAAAAACUUUAUUUAAUGAAAAGAAAUCUUCAUCCCAUGACGAUUAUUUUUUAAAUGAAUUAUACAAGAAUAAGAGUUUGUUUUCUGCUAAAAGCUCUUAUUCAGACCUUUACGUUAGUAAUAUUAUGAAAACACCUUCUGACGUUUCAUUAAAAUUGACUGAAAAACGAUAUUCAGACGCCUCUAAAAGUGAAAUAGAACCAGAUCUUUCAAAAGAAAACAUAGAUGUUUUACAAAAAGGUGAUUCAGUACAUUCAUUAGGACACCUAUUUACCAGCAACUUUGAUAUUCAAGAUCAAAUAACUAAAACUAAAUCGUUCGAAAAUGUUGAGUCAACCAUAUCGCUAAAUCACCUGUUCACUAAUACAACUCAACUUGAUGAUAAGAUAAAUAAAAGUAAAUCAUUUGAAAAGGCUGAUUCAACUAUAUCACUAAAUCACCUGUUUACAAGUCAAACUCAAAUCGAAGAUCAAGUAAGCAAAACGAGGUCAUUUGGGCAAGUUGAUGUAGAACAUGAAGUCCAAGAAAAACCGGGAAGCUAUGAUGAAGACGAUUUUAUUACCGAGACUAAGGUUGCUGAAACCGAACCAGAAGAAGAAAAACAAGAACAAAUAGAAAAGGAUGGUACAACUGAGCUAACCAGAAAUGUAGUAAGACCUCUAAGGAACAAUCGCAAUGAUAUAUUAAUUUACGGGUUUGAGGCAACAGCUUACAUAAUUAAUACUGAUCGACCCUCAACUUCCUCUGAUUGUACAAUAUUUUUCGAUUAUGAAAAUGACAAACUGAUAUUUAAAUUAGAAAACAGCGUUUUCGACAUGUGUGCAACUGACAUGUACUGCGAAAUAAUAAGAAAGAGGAGGGGAAAUCGAGCAUAUUUAAAGAUAAUAAUGGAAGACUGUGUAGACUCAGUAAUUGCAAUUUAUUGCGAAAACACUGAAUACAUAGAAAUUUUGGGUGGAACGAUAGGAUGGGCCAAUGAUAGGUCAAAACUCGAUGAAAAAGACAAAAAUUCAAAGAAACCUCAGGCCAGAAAAAGUCUUUUUGGAGGGAUAAUGAGCAAGGAAAAGGAAAAUUCUGAAUGUACGAAGGAAAAGGAAGAAAAGGGUAAGUUAGAAACAGAAAGAUGUAAAUAA